AUGGCCGCCAUGGAAAUGUUCUCAUUGGGUUCUCGCUCACUUAACCACUCCUCCACUGAUACAGAAGCCGAAUACGACCGUCUGCGCGGCCUCGCACGCGCCGAAGCCAGUAAACGGUCAUCAUGCUUUGAUCGCGCGCAUGAGGCCUAUUCUUCGGGCGACGGCGCACGCGCCCACGAGCUUUCUGAAGAAGGCAAGCAACACGCCGCAAAGAUGGAGCAAUACAACCGCCAAGCGCGCGACUAUAUUUUCCGUGCGAACAACGCAGAGGGCCGGGUUGCCGGUGACACGAUCGAUCUGCACGGUCUCUACGUCGAGGAAGCAGAAGAUGUGCUUGAAGAGCGUAUCCGCGCUGCGCGACAACGUGGAGAAACGCAUUUACACGUCAUUGUCGGCAAAGGGAACCACUCAACCGGGCACGUGCAGAAGAUCAAACCGCGCGUAGAGCAGGUAUGCCAGGAGCUGGGCUUGCAAUACAAGACCGAGGCCAAUGAGGGCAGAAUCUACGUCGACCUGCAGGGUGGAAAUGUGGACCAUAUGCCACCUCCGCCACAGGCACCGAGUUAUGCAUGGUGGGCACCAACAGAACAAUAA